UAACAAAACUCAGAUAGUCAGAUCAACCUAAAUCUAGUUUGAUUGUUUUCUUCGUACAUUUUGUCGAGAAAAAAACCAUGAAGGUGAAGGUAGAGAGUACGAGAACCAUUAAACCUUCGUAUGAAGGCAAUCCUCCAUUAACAACAACCCAUGUUCCUCUUAGUGUGUUUGAUAAGGUCUCAUAUGAUGCUCAGAUUGCUGUUAUUUACGCCUAUCGCCCGCCCACCCCUCCGAAUAGCACCAUCGAGUUGGGGCUUAGAAAAGCGCUUGGAGUGUAUAGGGAGUGGGCGGGGAGAUUGGGCAAUGACGAGGAGGGGAACCCUGUCGUUUUGCUGAACGAUGAAGGAGUGAAGUUUGUAGAGGCGUCGGGUGACACCACUCUUGAUAAGGUAAUGCCUUUCAAGCCAUCCGUGUCUCUGCUCAACCUUCACCCUAGUCUCAAGGGGGUGGUGGAGCUGGUCCAAGUCCAGGUCACACGUUUCACAUGUGGCUCUCUAGUGGUCGGGUUCACUGCCCACCACCUCGUGGCGGACGGCCACUCCACCAGCAAUUUCUUAGUUGCAUGGGGCAAAGCUUGUCGCGACGUCAUGAUUCAGCCCUUACCACUACGGGAUCGCACCAUUUUCAUCCCCAGAAACCCACCCAGAAUCGAGUACGACCACGUCGGGGCAGAAUACAUGCCUAAACAAAUAAAGAAAAACGACCAUUUCCUCAACAGCAACGACGCAACAUUCUUGGACGACAUCGUGGUUCACAAAGUCCACUUCACCUUAGAGUUCCUAGCCAAGCUCAAGGCCAAGGCCUCCGCCAUGAACGGCGGCGCCAGGCCAUACAGCACCUUCGAAAGCCUCGUGGCGCAUCUAUGGCGGGCCAUAACCAAGGCAAGAAACCUCGGAGGCUUCGAAACCACCCACAUAAGAAUCUCGGUUGACGGUCGUGCACGCCUUAACCCCAAAGUUCCCAACGACUAUUUCGGCAACUUGGUUCUGUGGGCAUUUCCGACUGCCAAGGUUAAAGACUUACUGCGUGAGCCUCUUUCAUACGCAGCUAAGCUCAUCCACGACGCCGUUUCCAAGGUCAACAACAACUACAUCAGAUCGUUCAUAGAUUUCGCGAAUUCCAAGGUGGUCGCCGAGGAAGACGGCCUUGUUCCAACCGCGGACAUGGACAAGCACAUUCUCUGCCCUAACCUGGAAGUUGAUAGCUGGCUAAGGUUCCCAUUCUACGACUUGGAUUUUGGAACUGGGUGUCCGUACAUCUUCAUGCCCACAUUUUUCCCGACAGAAGGGAUGAUGUUUCUGCUUCCUUCCUUCAUCGGAGAUGGAAGCAUCGAUGCUUUUAUUCCUCUAUUCCAAGACAACUUGCCAACCUUCAAGCAGAUUUGCUAUUCUCUUGACUGAACGGGUAAAUUAAUGUUAAAGACAUAAAACCUUAAAGUUUUGCCUAAUUUGAAUUGAUAGGAAAAUUUACUUUACUGUGCUCUACUUUUCCAGACAAAUACUAUAUUCCAUCCCCAAGUUGUUAAGUUGCUACCUUUUAUUUUUCAACUAUAAUCUUUGUGAUUAUCAUCAUGUAUACAUGUAAUCUUUCAGUUCUAUAAAGUCAAAGGCGUUCUAUUUGAUCUGA